AUGAAUUGUAUCCGUAUCGAUCGCUGCGUACUUCCGUUGGCUAAAACAAACUGGAUCCAGUUGAUAGGAUUCUGUGAUGCGUCGCAGAAAGGCUAUGGGGCCUGCCUAUAUGUUAGGUCAAGAAACGAGGAAGGUGAACUCUUUAUACAAUUGCUGUGUUCGAAAUCACGUGUUGCACCUUCCAAAAAUAAUAGAACCACUAUACCGCGCUUGGAAUUAUGUGGCGCCCUUAUGCUCGCCCAACUAGUGGAACAAGUCAAAACAUCGUUACCAAUCAAAUUCGAUCAAAUUAGGCUGUGGUUGGAUUCUACAAUUGUUUUGAGCUGGAUCAAUACGUGUCCCAGUAAACUUGAGAUUUUUGUUUCGAAUCGUGUUUCCAAAAUUCGUAAUGCCACCGAUCCUGCCUGUUGGUCACAUGUUAGCACCCAAGAUAACCCUGCUGACCUGGUGUCGCGUGGGGUCAUGCCAUAUGAGCUGGAAGGAGUCGAUUUAUGGUGGCGUGGACCAUCAUUCCUCAAAAAACCGGAAGAUACCUGGUCAGAAGGCGUAAAAUUAGUUCCCGAGGAGUUUGUCCCAGAGUUGAUGGCCAUUACCGCCAUGCCUGUGGUGGUGGAAAGAUUCCGGCUGUUCGACGACUGCAGCGAGUACUACAUCAUGGUCCGAGUUGUAGCACGCAUUAAGCGUAUGUUCCAGAAUUAUAAUGCAAAAUUUCGACGAAAUGGAAUAUUUUCGGCUGAAGAAAUUCGUCAAGCCAAGCUGGUACUCGUGCGUCUCGCCCAACGAGAAUGUUUUCCGGAGGUUUUCAAAGAAUUGAAGAAUCAAGUAACGACAAGGAAUCAAUCACUGCGGACGCUUUCCCCAUUUGUAGACAACAGAGGCGUCAUCAGGGUUGGAGGUCGUCUAUCAAAAUCAUGUUGCUCAUUCGACACAAAGCACCAGAUGAUCUUGCCCGCGAGACACCCGCUUACUACUGCCGUUAUUCGUGCUGUGCAUAAGAUCAAUUUACACGCUGGUGUACACACGACUCUGUGUGCCAUUCGAAGAGAAUUCUGGAUUAUCCGUGGGAGAAGCACCGUCAAAAAAGAAAUUCGAGAUUGUAUCAUCUGUUUUCGUAGUGCACCUAAACUAAUUAGCCAAUACAUGGGUGACCUGCCAGCUUGCCGCUUAGAAGGAGAGUACCCGUUUCUUCAAAUUGGCAUCGAUUUCUGUGGGCCAGUUUUCGUGAAACAGCGAAAUAAACGAUCGACUGUGGAGCACAAGGCUUGGAUCGCAUUAUUUAUUUGUCUAGCCACAAAAGCGAUUCAUCUCGAGCUUGUUAGCGAGAUGUCUACAGCAGCAUUUUUGACCGCUUUCGAUCGGUUUGUCAGUCGACGAGGCAAGCCAACAACCGUGUGGACGGACAACGGCACAAAUUUUGUCGGGGCCGCAAAUCUGUUUCGAGAAUGGGAGAAAUUUUUUAAUCGCCAAGAAAACCAAAACGAGAUUCAGCACUCCCAAGGUAACAGCAUAGAAUGGCGAUUCAAUCCACCAGAGGCAUCACACUUCGGCGGUAUAUGGGAGGCUAAUAUUCGGCAGACUAAGGCGCUUCUCGUAAAGCAGACCGGAGGAGCAGCACUCAGUUUCGAAGAGAUGUCGACUGUCCUGGCCCGUAUAGAAGCUGUUCUCAAUUCACGUCCUAUAACACAACUGUCCGAUGAUCCCGAAGACCUGGAACCUCUAACGCCGGGUAAUUUUUUGAUUUUCAGACCGGUAACUGCUGUCGCUCGGCCCGAAGUCAAAGGUCGAAACCAUCCAAGGUCACGUUUCGAUCACAUCACCGCCAUCGUUCAGCAUUUUUGGUCGCGAUUUCAACUAGAGUAUAUAUCUUCGCUACAGGAAAGAUUCAAGUGGCACAAGAAAGUUGCUGUAAAAAUUGGCCAGCUUGUACUAGUGAAGAAGGACAACAUGCCAGUACAGAAGUGGCUGCUUGGUCGAAUCACCGAAACAUUUGCUGGUAAGGAUGGAGUCGUUCGUGUCGUUAACAUCAAAACUCAAAAUGGAAUCAUGAAGCGAGCAGUUUCGAAAUUGUGUUUCCUCCCAAUCGAUCCUGAUCAAAGUUUAGAAAGCUGUACCUUUCAACGGGCGGAGGAUGUUCGAGAAAAUUAA